AUGCCGUCGGUGGUGGGCUCAGUUCGAGCGGAGGACCCAUCCUCAUCAGCACAAUACACGGCUCUUCCAUUGAUUGGAUCUAGUGAAUUGGAAAAUGAUACUGUCGCGCAACCAAAGGAUUUUGAACCGAUUCACGAUCCAGCGCAUCAAGGAUCGUUCUUUCACUUUGAUGAGACCGGCGCGCCACUCUCGAUUCUUGCCGUCAUCUUGAUGAUCGGUUUCCUGAAAGCUGCCUUAAUCAAAUCAAAACGGAUACCCCACUCUGUCCUUCUGCUCGUUUUCGGAUCACUAGCCGGCUUUGUUUUAACACUCGUCUUUUCAAAUGAUAUCUAUCUCCGACCACAAUGGUUUUUCUAUUACAUGUUGCCGCCAAUCGUCCUCGAGGCUGGGUAUUUUCUGAAAAACAAGGAUUUCUUUCACAAUAUUGGAACAAUUACGUUAUUUGCUGUUGUUGGGACGAUUUUGAACACAGCGAUGAUUGCCGGUCUUCUUUAUCUAUCUCGUGGCUGGUUUAAAACGAUCGAUCUCUCAUUCGUUGAAAUCACAUUAUUCUCGGUGUUAAUCUGCGCGGUAGACCCGGUGGCCGUCUUGUGUGUCUUUGAGGACAUUCACGUCAAUGAGCUUCUCUACAUUUGUGUCUUCGGGGAAAGCUUGCUGAACGACGCGGUUACCAUUGUUCUCUUCAACACCAUUUCCACACUUGUCCCUGGUGGCAGCGAUGCGGCACAGGCCAACGAGAUCCACAUUGGUCCGUACGAGUGUGCAAACGCGGUGUGGCACUUUUUCCGGGUGUCUUUCGGUGGAAUCGGUUGCGGAAUCAUCGGCGGAUAUAUAACGGUCGUUUUUAUGAGACUUCUUGUCACUUUCCAAAUCGCUCAACCGAUCAAUCUCAUCGCUUGCCCAAUUGUUUGCUAUUUGAUGACGGAAAGCAUGCACUUGUCGGCUAUUUUAUCAAUCGUUGUCAUUGGUAUUUUGAUGAAGAACUACAUGCCAGGCAAUGUCACUGAUCCAAUGAUUUUCACCGUCGAGUAUUUACUCAAAAUGGGAUCUUCCUACUCCGAAUCGUUGGUCUUCGUCUUCUUGGGUGUUUCUCUAAUCUCAUCCAAUCAUCACUUCGAUAUUCCAUUCAUUUCACUCACUCUUGUUGGGUGCUUGGUCUUCAGAUUUCUUGGUGUUUAUCUAUUGUGUUUCAUUGCGAAUCGUUUCCGAUCUGAACAAGAAAGAAUUUGUUUUGAGGACCAAUUCGUGAUGGCCUAUGGUGGAAUUCGAGGAGCUGUUUGCUAUGGUCUUGUGAUGGCGAUUGAUGAGAAGGCAUUCCCAGCUAAAGGAAUGUUUGUUACAACGACACUCAUCGUCAUUGUCUUCACCACUAUCAUUCAGGGUUCAACGAUCAAAUUCCUCGUCGAGAUGCUUCAAGUGAAACGAAGUCGAAAUUAUGGAAAAGAAUCGGAAAAGAAACGGGUGAUCGACUAUUUCUUUGGUGAAACGAACAAGCAAUUGAUGUUUUUUAUCGAGGAUCUGAUAGCGCAUCACGGGCAAAACUAUUUCUUUCGAAAAUUCUUGGAAAAAGAUCGCGUUUACAUCAAGCCAUUGCUUAUCGCCAACUAUCGACAACUCGAGGCUGACAUUGUCGUUCAGCAUCAACGAAUGGAAAUUGAUGAAUACGCGUGUAAUAUCAAGGGUCAGGGUGGCUCAUUCGCCGGCCUUCCCACCGUCUCCUCACUCGCCGACAUGGCCCACCAUCCCGGUCUUCCCAAGUCGAAAUCCGAGGCCAUUCUCCUACCUCGCGUUCACGACACGAUUCAUGAUGCUUUCUCACCGGAGCCAACGGAACGAUCGAAUUUGUUGCCCGUUCCCCCGCCAUCACAACGAUCAAUCCCAAGAAAUGAAAGUCUUUCCGGUUUUGUUCGUGAAGCUUUUGAGACAGCUGCCCAGAAGCAAGGACGAGGAUCACUCAGAGAUAAGGACUUCGACUACGGAAUGGAUGGAAGAAGGAAUUUCCGACAAAGGCGUCGCUCUCUCUACAGCCGACAUUUGUUGGAUCUCGACUUUUGCGAAGAUGAUAAAUCCGAAGCCACACCAAUUAAACCAAAAGAAUCGGCUCCUCUGGGUGAUGAAUUUGACAACAAUUUGACUUAUCCGGCGAACAAGUUCACGAGCUUGAAAGUGGCGAAACAAAUGAGAAAUUAUGGAAAGAGUUUAAAGGAGCGAGGCGGUGCCGUCUCUCCCCGUGCUUUCCUUCGUGGUCGUCCCUCUGCCAAAGAUCAACUACAAUCGAGUGCCCGGGACACGUCACCGCCGAAACCAGCCGGUGCGAUCUCUCGUCCUCGUCUCUCGCUGCCGACACCCGAUGAAAUCCAAUUGAAAAGAAAACCGCCGAAGAUCAGCUUUGCGAUGUACGAUGAAACAAUUCCGCCGAUCGAUCAAACCGCCCCACCAACAGCUAGACAGGGUCGCAAAGUGUCAACGGGAAGAAAAGUGUUCGUUGUCGGUGGUGAUGAAAGGGAUUUGAAUCCAAUUCGAGAAGAACCAUCAUUCCUUUCGCCCGAUUACCCACCGCCUCCCGUUCCCUCAACAUCAAAAAAGCCAGGGAAAAGAGAACGAACAACGUCUAGCAAUAAU